CCGCCAUUUGUGUACACCCAGAUAAAGCUUGAAAUGAAGCUAAAUUCCAGUAACUUAAAAUCCACGCCGACAGGUCUUUCACUUCCGGUUGGUGUAUUUAUCUUCCGGGAGAAGAGAGACAAGGGGGCAUGACUGUGAUAGUACUGGGUAAUAUCAUUUAACAACUACCUCUCCUUCUAACCAACUAAUACAUCCCCUCUGCCAUAUCACCACUUCCUUCACCUCUGCCACAUCCAUCACCCCUUCCCUUACCAUCUCUGCCACAUCAUCCCUUCCUUUACCCCUCUGCCACAUAACCACUUUCUUCACAUCACCCCUUCCUUCACCCCAUUUUCAUAUUGUCCCUUCCUUCACCACCUUUUCAUAUUGUCCAUUCCUUCACCCCAUUUUCAUAUCGUCCCUUCGUUCACCCCUUUUUCAUAUCGUGCCUUCGUUCGCCCCCUUUUCAUAUCGUGCCUUCCUUCGCCCCCUUUUCAUAUUGUCCCUUCCUUCACCACCUUUUCAUAUUGUCCCUUCCUUCACCACCUUUUCAUAUUGUGCCUUCCUUCACCCCAUUUUCAUAUUGUCCCUUCCUUCACCCCAUUUUCAUAUCGUCCCUUCGUUCACCCCCUUUUCAUAUUGUGCCUUCGUUCACCCCCUUUUCAUAUUGUGCCUUCGUUCACCCCCUUUUCAUAUCGUGCCUUCGUUCACCCCCUUUUCAUAUCGUGCCUUCGUUCACCCCCUUUUCAUAUCGUGCCUUCCUUCACCCCCUUUUCAUAUCGUGCCUUCCUUCACCCCCUUUUCAUAUUGUCCCUUCCUUCUCCACCUUUUCAUAUUGUCCAUUCCUUCACCCCAUUUUCAUAUUGUCCAUUCCUUCACCCCAUUUUCAUAUUGUCCCUCCCUUCACCACUUUUUCAUAUUGUCCCUUCCUUCACCACCUUUUCAUAUUGUGCCUUCCUUCACCCCAUUUUCAUAUUGUGCCUUCCUUCACCCCAUUUUCAUAUUGUCCCUUCCUUCACCCCAUUUUCAUAUUGUCCCUUCCUUCACCCCAUUUUCAUAUCGUCCCUUCCUUCAUCCCAUUUUCAUAUUGUGCCUUCCUUCACCCCCUUUUUAUAUCGUGUCUUCCUUCACCCCCUUUUCACAUAACUCUUCAUUCAUCCCCUCUGCCACAUCACCUUUCACUCCCUCUGCCACAUUACCUUUCACUUACCCCCUUUUCACUCCCUCUGCCACAUUACCUUUCACUUACCCCCUUUUCACCCCCUCUGCCACAUCACCCUUCAUUUACCCCCUCUGCCACAUUAACCCUUCCAUCACCCCAUUUUCACACCACCCCUUCCUUCACCCCCUUUUCACAUUACUCCUCCCUUCACCCACUUUUUCACCUCACCCCCUCUGCCAUAUCACCUCUUUUUUUUUAUUCAUGCCCUCUGCCAUGUCUCUCCUUUCUUCACCUAACUCCUCUCUGCCAAAGCACCCUUUCAUUUUCCUCACUUCAUCUGCUACCUUACCCCUUCCUUUUCUUCACCACAUUUGCCACAUUACCUAUUUCUUCUCCUCAACCCCUGUGCCUAGACUGAUGACAUUGCCGAAGAGUGAUUUGACUGAAUUUGGGGCGAUCGUAUGUUCGUCCAAAUUCCAUAUCUCUGAAGCCCCAUAUGAGUUUUUAAUCAAGCAAACUAUGUUGCACCAUAACAAUAGAUGAUUAAUGGGGAAAAAGGAUGAGUGAUCGCGGGUGGACAGACAUUAAAUGUUAAUACUUUUCCCAGUUCAAGUGAGAACUGACCAACAAAGGAGGAAAAAUUAGUAACUGUAAAGAAUGUAAAUGUAUAUAUUAUGUUUAAAGGGACACUAGUCACCAAUGCAACUUUAACUAGAGCAGUUUUAGUGUGUGUCAUUCCCCUGCAGUUUCACUGCUCAAUUUGCUACCAUUUAUUAGUUAAAUCACUUUCUUUACACAGCCCUAGUCACAUCACCCAGCAUGUGACUUGCACAGCCUUCCUAAACACUUCCUGUAGAGUCAUCUAAUGUUUAUACUUCCUUUAUUACCAAUUUCAUAUCUCUUGCUCUGUUAAUAGCUUGCUAGACACAACAGGAGCCUCCUGUGUGUGAAUUAGGUUCAAUUUACAGAGCAAGAGAUAAAAGCUUUUAAAGUAAGUUACAUCUGAUUGAAAGUGAAACCAUUUUUCUCCAUGUAGGCUGUGUUAGACAAAGGGGAGAUGUGGUUAGGGCUGCAUAAAUGGCAGUGGUUUGAGCAGUGAAACUAACUAGGUAUGAUCUAUAUAAAAAGUCUUCUUCAUUAAGCUAAAGUUGUUUUUGGGACUAUAGUUUCCUUUUCAAAUAUAUACUAUAGAUUUAUUUUUUUACUGCACCUCGUCUAUUUUUGUCUAUUGGUUACUUUUUUUUCAGUUGAUCGUUGAACCAGGGCCAGACUGGGAAAAAAAUUCUGCCCAGGCAUCUUUUAAUCACAGUGGCCCACUAAGAAGGGGGCGGGGCAGAGAGGGUGUGUUUUAUCAUCACCAAUGACAAACACGCCCCUCUCAAAGUGAGCAUGUUGGUUCAAUGCUCUUCCAGGGCAGACUAUGCGCAGAGCUCUGCUAAAGAGCUCUAGCAUGAGAAAAAGGCCCUGUAUUUGUUCUGCACAGUGCAAGCAAAUGUAAUAACAUGCUUGCACUGUGUUUCCUUGCAGCUUGUCUCUGGUGCCUCUAAUAAUGGGAUACCAGGAGACAAAAGGGCCAGAAAAUAGUAUUGUGCAUGUGUUUGGAGCCUGCUUGUGGGAUUGCGUGUGUGUAGAGUGAGCUGAUUGUGGUGUGGUAUUGUGUAAUAAGGUUGGUUUUAGUCGUGUUAUGUUUGUGGUGUAAUGCAUGUGUGGCUAGGGGCUGUAGAGAGUGUGUGUAUAGGGGAUGCAGUAUGUGUGUGAGGAGUGCAGUGUUCAUGUAAGGGGUGCUUUAGUAUGUGUGUGUGUGUAUAUAUAUAUAUAUAUAUAUAUAUAUGUAUUGUGUGUGUGUGGUGCAGUGUGUUGGGGGGGUUCUGUGUGUGUGAGUGAGGGGUGCAGUGUGUGUGAUGGAUGCUGUGACUGUGAGGGGUGAAAUGUGUGUGUGUGUUGCUGUGUAUGUGAAGGUAAUGUGUGUUUGUGAGGUUGCUGUGUAUGUGAAGGUAAUGUGUGUUUGUGAGGUUGCUGUGUAUGUGAAGGUGCUGUGAGAGUGAGGGGUGAUGUGUGUGAGAGUGCCUUGUGUGUGAGGGUGAUGUGUGUGUGUGAGAGUGUUGUGUGUGAGGUAUUAUAUCCCCCCUCCCUUCUUACCUUUAGCCUGGGAGGGGGGGGACCGUGCUGCCAUCCCUGGUGGUGCUAGUGGUGUGUAAACUCUAGCCUGCGAGGCUAAAGUUCACUCUCGCAAGAUCGGGGAGUUGCCAUGGGUCUCGCAAGAUAGAACUCCACCGGGUCCUCCUCUCCCUCCCGAGCUGCAUGUCUGUGCAAGUGGACUGGUGAGGGAGAUCUUUCAUCUACCCACUGGCCCGUCAUGGAAUACUGCAGGGCCAGCGCUCAGAUAGCGCAGGCCCUGCAUGGACCGGCUGGGAUGGUCCUGUGACCUCCCCUGCCGGCCUCAGCCCAUGGCCAUUGCGGCCCACCGUGCGUUUGCCGGUGUGCCCGAUGACCAGUCUGGGCCUGCUGUGAAGCACUUCUAGUAGACAUCUGAGGAGUGGCCAGUGGAGGUUUUCUCUGAAAAGACAGUGUUUUCUGCAAAAAUCCUGCAGGGACUGACUGUACUCACCAGAACAACUUAAUUAACCCUUUAAGGACACAUGACAUUUAUUCCAGAAAUGUGGUCCUUAAGGGGUUAAGCUAUAGUUGUUCUGGUGUCCCUUUAAUAUGAUUUGAUUUUCAUCACAUAUUAUGUAUAUUAAAGGGAUACUAUAGUGCUGUGUUCCUGGCACUAUCACUCCCCCGUGUCCCUCACUCCCGAUAAAUAAAGGGUUAAAAACCAUGUAUUUACUUAACAUAUACCAGCUCCAAUGUCCCUCAGCGCUGGGCCGAACCUUUGCCCCCUCAGACGUCCGAAGAGCGGGCUGUAAUGCGCAGGCAUGGCGUGCACAUUAGACCUCCCCAUAGGAAAGCAUUGAAUCAAUGCUUUCCUAUGGGGAAAAAUCUGACUCUGGAGGUCCUCAUGCAGAGCUAGAGGACGUCCUGCACCAUAUACCGGACUAAAGGUCUGUUUCAAAGCAGGAAGCCCUUUAGUGGCUGUCUGGUAGACAGCCACUCAGGUCAGGGCAGACUUAGAGCUGCAAUGUAAACAUUGCAGUGUCUCUGGAACUGCAAUGUUUUACAUUGCAGCACUAAGUGCAAAAGGGACAGUGCACCCAGACCACUUAAAUAAGCUGAAGUGGUCUGGGUGUCUACAGUGUCCCUUUAACUUACAUACUUGUAAGUGUUGUUUUUAACUUUUCUUUUUUUUUUUUUUUUUUACUGUAUAUGUAUUUCCCUGUAAUGUACAAAUCUAUCAUCAGUGCAUAUUUAAAUGCAUGCAUAUAUUCCUUAGGUGUAUAUCUACUUAACUUUUUUUUUUUUUUGUAUUUGGGCAGUGGAUUGUUCCUUUGAUUUUAAAAAUCACUUUAUUUUUUAAACAAUUCACAUUGCAGUUAAUAACCAUGAAUCAGAGAGUUGAUUAUAGAAAAGCAUUUAGAAUUGGAUGAAUAGCAAAUGGAACAACUCAAAGACAGGAUUAUUGAUGACUAAGUUUAAGGGACACUGUAUGCACCCAGACCACUUUAGCUCAUUGAAGUGGUCUUGGUGCAUAUUCCCAGGUGCCUUAACCCUACAAUAAGAAUUAUUGCAGUUAUUGAAAAAUGGUAAUAAUUACUAUCCAGGGUUAACUCCAUCUCUAGUGGCUGUCUACUAGACUUUUGGUUGCCUAACUGACGCUGGACGUCCUCACGAGGACCCUUCGGCGUCACCUGAAAUUCCAUAGUAAAGCGUAUAAUGCUUUCCUAUGGGGGAAUCCCUAAUAAGAGCGAGCUAUUGCCGCACAUGCGCAUUAGGUUUACCCCACAGGCUGACGUUAAUGGGGGAGGAGCGGAGGUGGGGUUAGAGAUAGCGUUGAGGGACUUUGGCUCUGGACUCAGGUAAGUGACAGAAGGUGUAGGAGGGGGGGUUCACUAUAGGAAGCUAUAGUUCCAGAAAAAACAACAACUUUGUUUUCCUGGCACUAUAGAUUCCCUUUAACGCACACGUUGUUACUACAUCUUCCAAGUACGAUGAGAACUGAGACUGUCACCAGAUUAUGGCAAUUUAAAAUACCAAUGGCAACAUUAAUGAAAAAGUCCUGAUUUAAGUUAUAGUUGCGUGGCUAUUUCUAAUCUAUUUUUUAAAGUUUUAUUUGGAUUUCUGUUUGCUCAAUUUCAGAGUUUAGUAAAUAAAACCGGUUAUUCUAUAGUUUGCCACUACAUCGCCCUGGCAUUGAGCUACACUAAUUGCUAUGAAAUAUUAACAGAAGGGAAAUGAACACUCGGUGACUGUAACACAGGACUAACAUAUAGCCAAGAUAACAACACAAAGGACUUAGUUUCCGAUUUUAGUGUGGUCAUUAUGAGUUCAUUUUAGACCUUUUAUGGUAUUUUUUAAAACACUCCAGUAGAUGGUGCUGUUGGUCCUCCUUGACUAAAUAUUUUUUUGAAAAAUACAAGUGUCCGAAAUUUAGCUUCACUUUAUAACCAUGUUAGUACAUAUUGAUGAUAAGUAAUGUUACCUAGUAAUAAUAGUUUUUAGAACUAUAGUGUAUGUGACUAUACUGUUGAAUGAGGCAUGAAAACGCUAACCAAAGUCUUUUAUUGUAGUUUUACUUUAAUAAUUGAAAAUAUAUAUUGGGUACAUCUUUUUGAUUAUUUUAAUUGUAACUUUUAAUUUUUUCUUAUUUUUGCAGUGCAUAAGGAGUUAGCAGAUAGGCUUGACGUGCCCCAACAGCAGUCCUCAAGCAUUCCAACACGCAUUACGUGUGGGGUAUAUGAGACACAUGCAAAAAAUUGUAUUUCAUUAGAGCAUUAUUGUUAAGCAGAAAAUAGACUGGUUAUGCUAACUGAAAUCAGUUUGGGAUAUAAUGAUAACAGUAAGCUUAUGUUAAGCAAAGUCCACCUGUCCAGGUAGUGUAGUGAGUUUAGUGUCUGGUGUAUCCUAUGAGAGGUCGUGUAUGGCAUUGUAAGAAAAUGCAGGAUAGCAGACCUUGUGUACUGGCAAUGUAAGGCAUUGCACAUAUCGUGGUGAGAUCACUGGACAGGUUGCGAAGAAGUGCCGUCCGAUCCGGCACCGUCUGCAAUAUAUUUUAGAACAGAGUCCUGUGUAGUGAAGGAGGUCGCGGACUGCGGGAAACCAAGCUGGCUCCUCUGGCCGCUUCUCCGGUCAUUCAUCCGAUGCCCCUAUUGGGGUCGCUUCUCAAUUGUGGGCUCAGUCCAUAUUGAGGAGCACUGUAGCGCUGCGGAGACGGGGUUCCCCUCCAGCCCCGGGGUUGCUGAAGAGUCAGGACCCUAAUGCCAUGAACCUGGUGUCCUGUGAGGUCCAGGGUCUGCCUGUAAGGGAUGGUGUGGUGGGUGCUGCUUAUUGCCGGUGCAAGUGUCCUGUUGCGUCUUGUAGCCUUCCGCCUGCGUGGCCGAUACUUGCGGGUGGAAACCUUCUUGGCUCUCAGCCCAGGUGGGUAGCAUGUGCUGGUUGUGGAAGCUGGGGACAAGUGUGCACCCUUGGGAGGUUUCCCACUCCUUCUUUUGGCGCCAUCUUGCUCUCCCAUUGUUAGUAGUUGUAGGGCCUGUACAUGCCGUGCUCGGUCAGUUAGCUGUGCCCAGAGUCUGUCGAGUAUCACAUCCAGCGUAUCUGGUGCCAACGUGCUGGGGCCCGCUGUGUCAUGCUGCAGUGAUUUCAGGCUGCGUGUAGAGGAGCAUUGUGCGUCUGCCAUCUUGUUUUCCUCCGCUCCGGUUCGUCUCAUGAGUAGUACAAUGUACUCUGGGACGGGUUACGCUGUUGCAGCUCAGGUCGGCAGGGAGUGGGGCAACCCCCACCGGUCCAUGGAGGGGGGCAACGAGUCAUCAGUCGGAGAACUGGGAGAGCGGCUGUCUCGUCCCAGCUCAAGCUCCGGUAGGCCCUAAGCCUCUAUUGAGUUGCUUCGAUGCCGUGCCGGGUCUUGUGCGGUAUCUCCGUGUACACCGUCGGCUGGUGAGUAUUUUGGUCACUGAUAUGGGUCAGUGUCUGCUUGUGGCUCUCAGUUAGCGCUGAUUUUCAGGCUAAGAUGCGGGAGCUCAGACGAAGCACAGCUGAUCCGAUCAGUGGUCAGGCUCUGCCCCCCGGUUACUUCUUUCUAAACUAUAUAUAGAAUAUUUAUUCAAUUAUAAUAUAAUCUAUUGGUAAUGCACAAGAAGUUUGUUAAUUAUGCAAACUUAAGCCUCUGGAUGAUGGAACUGGGUGCCUCGAUUUAUGCUUAUUAUCCAGACUUCCUGCCUGGCAUUAGAUUUUUUUUUCCUGCUUAUUGCCAGUGAGGUUGAUGUUGUAUAGUAAUCUAACACACAGACGACCCUACUACAUUUGUUAGUGUAUAACAGACGUUACAUUUACAGAAACACUAUAACAGAACACUAUGGUUUAUUGUCAAUCUACAUCCAAGGAUCAUUUGUGGGUAGCCCUGUUUUUAAUACUUUUCUCACAUUGUGAUUUAUGGUUGACAUACUCAGCAUUGUAUGUAGAGUAUUUAAAAUGACAAAUCACUGUACGGCUGUCAUUAAAACAACGAACAUUUGAAGAACAAAGACGUUCUGUUGAUGUGUUGGUUUGUUUUUAUUUAUUUCCAUUGGAUGUGGGGUUCAGUGCCAUACUCGGACACAAUAGGCAAAAGGUCUUCGUAAGUUAUCAGUACUGAUAAGAUAAGCUGUACUUACUGAAGCUUUGGGAGCUGAACAUAAGGCUCCUCUUGGGCUGCUCUCUGCUACUUCCUUUGAAAGUGGAGGGCUCUUUGCACCAUCUGUUGUGAACUUACAGGGCUGCUCUCUCCCACCUGCUACAUUCUUGUGGGGCUCCUUUCCCCCAGCUUCUAUUUUCUUGUGGGCAACUCUCUCUCUUCUCCUGUGAUGGCCCUAUCUCUCUCCCAGAUACUACCUACACUUGGGAACACUCUCCCCCAGCUCCUGAAAGCCCCUUGCCAUGCUGUCUGUCUUUGCCAGUUGCUAUCAUUCGCUCUAUUUUAGCACUUUGCCAUUACCAUAACACUUCUGCAUAUAUCCUAGAUUUAACACCUCAAAAAUGGACACCACCGAGCUACGAAAGCUGCGCAAGAAACUGCGACAAAUUGAAGUCCUUGAGCACCUUCCCAGGGAGCUAAAUGCUAGUGAGAUGGCAAAGGUUAGAUAUGGUGUGUGUAAGAUUGCCUGAGCCAUGUGCUGGUGAUUUCGAAUGUGUACAAACCAUGUGUCUGGGACCUUCAAUAUUUUCAUAACUUGUCUGAGCCCUGUGUUGUGUCUGUGUGUGUGUCUGAUCACUGUGUGGUGUCUGAGCUCAGUUUGUGAGUCAACAUCUUCUAUGUAUGGGAGGCCCUAAGUACCUGCACAUUACUUGUAAAUAGACAAAAAUAUAGGAAGCGCCAGUGAGCAGAUAAACAACAAAUCAAAAUAUUAAAACAGUUAAAGAUAAAAAAAUAUAUAUAUAUAUAUAAAAAAUUGUAAAAUUACAGGUACCUCAAUACAAUAAAAGAGUCUCUAAAUGUCUGGAUAAGUAUUAGUCCUUCUUCAAACUUGAUAAUCACAGAGAUGCUCAGGUUCCAUGGGUAUAUGGGAAUCUUUUUGAAUCCUUCACAAGUCACUGGAUUCUCCUAUCCUCCACUGUGUUAGCUGUUUCUUUUGUAUUGCGCCAUAUUCCUUGUUUUUAUUACCUGGCAUCCUGUUUUAACUUCUCCAGUGAAGAUCGCACCAAGAAUCCCAGGUGGGGAUUAUACCACCCAUGCUGAAAAAACUGAGCGGGCUAUCUGCUCAGAAAAUUGUGAGUACGCUUUUAUCUGUAUUACUCCUGGUUUACUUCUUUUAUACAGUGAGCACUAGUGUUGCUUUUUAUUCUCUUUCGGUGUUGCAUACAUCUGGCUGCUAUGACAUCCAUCGACUGUACCUUCCAGUGAUACCCUAUUAGUGGGGGACUAAAACCACUACAUACGCACUACACUAGAGCUGGUUUGAGCUCUAAUACAUGUGAGUAAAAGAUCUGGAUUUCUCCUAUAUUUGCGCACUUUAUUGUGGACUUAUUGCACUAUUGAAGUCCUGUUGCUUUUCCUUCUUACAUAUACCCAUGGACCCUGAGCAUCUCGUUGACUAUUAAUCUUGAAGAAGGACUAAUACUUAUCCAGUCAUUCAGAGACUUUUUUUAUAUCUCAUUUUAAGCCUGCUAUUAUUGUAUUGUAUCUGUAUUUUCACAAUUUCUAUCUAUUUGUUAUAUAUACCUGUUUUACUAUUGUGAUUUGUUGUUUAUCUGCUCACUGGCACACUCUAUAUUUAUGUCUAUUUACAUAAUUGUUUAAUGGUUCUUGGAGAGAAUUUCCCUUUUUAUAUAGCACUGCCCUAUCUUUUAUUUUUUCUACCUGCACAUUACUUGUCCACAUUUCUGUCUAUCUGUCCACAGGUGUCACAGAAGUUGGAGUUGAGAUGUCUCGUGGAGCAGAUUUUGUCUCAUAGUAUUGGAGUAAAUCCUGUGGUUGAGCAUGCGCAACAAAAUGAAGAUCACAGGUAUAUACAGUGUACCUAAAAAUAUUCAAAGUAAAGAAACCCCCAAAUUCAUCAAAAUGAAGACGUCUUAUUCUGGAUUAUUUGUGCCCACUACUUUGUGUUGUCAUUCUAUCUUAAGCUGUAGGUUAGAUAUCAUUCUGUCCUUUGCCAGCGGGAUACCAUUCUGACCCCGGCCAGUGGGAUACCAUUAUGCUUAUAGGAUGCCAUUCUGCUGUCUGUGUUAUUAUCUCUAUUAUCGUUUAGAUUUCAGUCUGCAUGUGGGAAAUCACUGGUCCCUCUGUCUCUAUUCCAUGUGGUACCAGUUGGAUCCCUGUAUACUGUUCCCUGGGAUAUCAGUCUCCCCAUUGUAUUAUACUUGAGUUUUACAAUGGUUUAAAUCAAAGUAUAUAAUUAGUGAGAUGGGUUGCUAUAGUGAUUAGACUUGGGAUGAAUUGUAUCAGGACAUUUCGAAACAGAUGGCAUAGGGAGAAUAAAACAGAAUAAAAGAGUUUGUGCAUGUUAUUGGUCCUUGAUUUUACGUGUUCUUUGUGUGUUUGACUUGCAGACAGCCAGACUCUCCUCCACAACAUGUCACCUCUAAACAGACACAAAAGAGUCCAGGUACGAGUUUAAUGUAUCUCUAUUUACUGUACUGUGAUAUGUUGGAAGGUUUAACAAGAAAAGCAAGUAAAUGGUCAGGUAUUAUUUCAGUGAGAAAACAAAUAUCCCUGUCUCAACGGAAACUGAUGUUAAAUUAUUUAUUUUUAAUAUAAAAUGAUAUAAAUAUAAAUUAUGUUUGUUAAUUUGCUGUAUAAUAGUAUAGAAUACAAUUAAAAGAACAUUCCAUUGUCCAAAUAUAAACAAAACAAUAUUUAGUAGAAAUACCCCUAAUUAAAUCUGCUGUCUGCAGCUUUUGCAAGCAUUCCGCUUCUAACCCCGCCCAGUUUUUCUGUGGCUGUCCAAUCACAGGCUUCCCAAUGCAGCUCAAUGACAAGUCGUUCAAGGCAGGUGCACUGAGCAAUUGCUGCCUCUUGAGUUCAGCUCCACUGAGCUAACUAAACCAGGAAGUAAAAGGACUGGUUGUCUGCCGUGGGGGGAAGUAGGUGUAACAAAGUUCUGUUAUGAAAGUGCCCAUUUCUAUUGAAAUCUGCAAUGUUUCGAAAUUGAAAAAAAAGAGGACACACUCUUCACAAAUAAAGCAUUUCAGCAAUCUAAAGUGAUUGAGGGGUCUAGAGUGUCCCUUUUAGGACACAUAUUAUUCAUGUAUUUGAUAACCCUACUACAAUAAUAUGCAAUAUUUAAAGGAAAUCUGUAGUACUAGACACACAUUUUGCCGUUUUUAAAGAGGAAGGUUAUAUUUCAGGUAAAAGGUAAGCGCUUGACAUGUUGCCAUUUCUGGAAAUUCCCCCGUUUGGUAUCCACCGUCACGCUCUGUUACCAAUGUAAAUGCUAAUAAUUUAAAUAGUAAAUCUCUGCAAAUGUGUUGUCAUUGUUUGUAAUGCCUAAUGGUGUUUUCUUCUCUGACACUGUUAUUAAAGUAAUUCUGUUACCCCACAUACAGUCAAACUCCCACCUCAGCAAUGAAAAAAAUGUAGAGGUAAGCAGGUGCAACCAAAGGGGGGCCUAAUGUACAUGUGCAGCGAUUGCAGCAAUCUCAUUAGGACUACCCCAUAGGAAAGCAUUAAAUGAAUGCUUAUCUAUGGGGUUUUAGCUGACUCUGGGUGUCCUCAUGUAAAGCGUAAGGACGUCCAGCAUCACUUAGCGACUAAAAGUUUCCUAGCCGCUAGAGGCACUUCCUGGUGGUUGUCUGCAAUUAAUCAGUUUGCAGGGUUAGUGGCUAACAGUUUAUUAAUAAUUGCAAAAAUAACAAUUGCAGGGUUAAACUGACAGGGGCACUGCACCCAGACCACUUCAAUUAGUUGAAGUGAUCUGGGUGCCUAUAAUGUCCCUUUAACUGAAAUUGAUUAGCAAUGUAGUAUAUCUUGGGCCGGAUCUCAUCAUUUGAGUCACAGGUGAGUGGAGAGCAAACCAUAAUGUAUUCUUAUUAUGAUGUUAUUUAUAUAGCGCCAUCAAAUUCCGCAGUGCUUUACAAUGGGUGGAUGAACAGACAUGUAGUUGUAACCAGACAAGUUGGACAUGCAGGAACAGAGGGUUUGAGGGCCCUGCUCAAUGAGCUUACAUGUUAGAGGGAGUGGGGUAAAGUGACACAAAAAGGUAAGGAUAGUAUUAGACUAGUGACAGUUGCAGAAGAGGAAUCAGUCGGGAGCUAUUAACAGUUUAAUUGAUACGCUUUUAUGAAGAAGUGGGUUUUUAACGAUUUUUUGAAGGAGUGGAGACUGGGUGAGCAUCUAACGGAGGAGGGAGUACGGAAAGAAGAUAUGCACUAUACAUUAAUAUGCAGGAAAUAUGGUAAUUGUGUGAUUAACCACAAUACCAGGACAAUGUGCAGUAGGGAAUUAUCUCCCCGGCAGUCCUAUAGUAAUGUUUUUUUUUUUGUUUGUUUUUUUUACACAUCAUCUCCUUUAACCUCUCCUCUUACAGUUCACUACCCCUAAAACAUCUUUACUUUGGCUUUUUUGACCCUCCAUUUUUUUUAGAGUCCUUUCCUUUACAAAACUCCAAGUACCUUGUUCAUCGAUUGAAAGGACAUGAUGAUCUGGUGACGUGUGUCAUUGUACAUGGUCCAUGCAUAAUCUCUGGGAGGUGAGUUAAACAAAAGUUGUAUUAUAAUUAGUCUUUAAAAUGCAGGGAGGAUCUCUGUUAACAAGGACGCACUGUAGGGUUUCUUUAUUUAAAUCCCCUUCCAUGUAGAAUCUUAACUGGUUUACCUUCACAUGAAUUUAUCUCUCUCUCUCUCCGUCAUCCCAGCUAUUUGUUCCUUGCUCCAUACUCUUCCAUUCCUCUCGUCUAUUUUGCUCUAUGCCUUUUAAUUUCAUUCCUUCCAACUCACUGUGUACUUGGCAUCCUCCAUUUUGUCCCUCUCUAAAUGUAGCUUUUUUUUUUUCAUUUCUCUCCAUGCCAAUUUUAUGCCAGUGUCUGAAGCUUCUUUCCAUUCUCUCCAUCUCCCAGUCACUUUGGUUUCCUUUAUUUGCUACACCGCAUUGGCCUCAUCCGUUCUGUUUUUUGUUUGCUUUUUAAUUUGUAUGUCGGACCCAUUUCCGUCCAGUUGGGACACUACAGUCCGGGUGUGGGAUAUCCGCUCUUGCUCAGAGCAGAAGACUCUGUGUGGUCAUACUGGAGCUGUCAAUUGUCUGGCAUUUCUUCCCUUGAAAGAAGAUACAUUAGGUAAGUUUUGAACUAAUAUAAGUAAGAUCAUAGGAGGUAUGUUUUUAGUUUGAGGGCAUAUUCCUUGAUUCUUAAUGGUUUGAACUUGUUCGACAGACCCUGAUAUCUGGCCACCGAAUGAAGAGUUUGUCUCAAGUGGAUCAUCAGACUGCAGCAUCAGAGUUUGGAGCAUGACCACAGGUAAUUGGGACAUGGAAAGGUUUUUGGGGGGACUGGGAUAAGUGGAGUGAUAGGAAUGUUGGAGAGAGGGAUGUCUGAUGAUGAGGAAGCUGGCUAUGAGAGAGAGUUGAGACAAAUGAGGAACUGCACUCAAUCCCAUAAUUCUGAGCCAGGGUGCAACUAGACCUGGACCCAGCACCAGGUCCCAAAUACCAAUAUAGAGAAAGGUAUAGGCACUCAAAGGUACAGUGAAGGCAAAAUUUAUUGGAGCCAAAUAACCGGCAGCUCCAAGCUGCUUGUUAUUUGGCUCCAAUAUAUUUUGCCUUCACUGGACCUUGGAGUGCCUAUACUUUUCUUGUUUCUCUAUAUAAGAGAGAGGUGAUGACAGUUAAGCUGAUGAAAGACUGCUGAGUGGUGACUAGGAUGGAGCAAAAGGGGCUAGUAGUGGUAUAGAUGGGGCUCACACUGCUGGAAAGGUGAGAUUUGGAUACCUGGAUAGAUAAGCUUAGACUGCAAAUCCUGAUAUGUAGGUGGCUUUUGACAGGGAACAUGGAUAUGGGGAGGUGGCAGGUAACCGGUAAAGGGAGAAUUUUGCGCUGAAGAUUUGGUGCUUGGAUUUGAAUAUGAUCAGGUUAGCAGAGAUGUCAGGCUAGGAGGACAUCUGGUAAGAUAGGGUCUGGGAUGCCAGCUGAUCGCAGGAGUGGGGAGAUAGGAGCUGGAAUGGCAGAUGGUGGCAGGAGUUUGGAGAUGACUAGGAUUCAGUGGGUGGCAGAGAUGAAGUAGAUGUUGAAUGGGGUGUGGAUGAUAUUAGGACUGGGGUAAAGGGGGGCUGGAUAAUGAAAGAGUUGCUGGAGAUACAGCCAAACGAAAUGACCGGCUGGUGAUAAGGAUGAGGAAGAUCUGUUCCAAAGAUGAGGCUUUUGUAGAUUUGGUUAUCAUUCUCCGUCUUUUUUCAGGUCGGCCUGUUUUCAGCAUUUACACUUUUUCUGAAGUUUCAUCACUUGUGUACAGUCCCAAGACACCAUUUCUAAUAUCGGGAUCAGGUGAGUGAUAUUAUCCUAUGUUGGUCCGUAUUCCUGAUGCUAAUAACGCACAGAUAUACUCAGUACCACUAUUUACCACGUCCAUUUAAGGCAAAUGCCUGUGAACACUCCUGGACUCCUUGUCCAGCUAAUUCAUAAAACAUGAAUCAUAUUGGCUAGAUAUUGGGGGUAGUGUAAGAUAUUCAGUAACAAGACCUCAUAACUACAUGAGCAGUUUAUCAUCCUUAAGCUAAAAACAUGGCGUGUAAUGUCUUGUGUUCCAUGUUUCAGAUGGUGGAAAGAUUGAUGUUUGGGAUCUUCAAACAAAACAGAACGUGCAUUCAGAGCGAGCUCACGGAGAUAGAGUGACAUCCUUGCAGGUGACAUGGACGAUAGCCUUUUAGCCGACUGAGUAGAGUAAGUCAAUUACUGAUCAGACUAGACACUAAUUGUGGUCACUUUAUAUUUAGUUUCACUCUGGGCUGCUGUUCUCCGGAUCUUCUGAUGGUUCUCUAAAGGUUUGGAAAUUGUCCUCUUCCGGCACCUUGAGUCUUGUACAUUCCUGUGACGAAUUGAUGUCGUCUCUGCAUGGACUACACUCCAUUUGUAUCACUGGGGAGAAAGCAUACAUAGCCAGCCAAGGAGUGUGUGUAAAAGCUGUUACGUGGAAACAAGGUAGACCAAAAUACACUAAAAAGGAUUAUAAAUAGUGAUGUCCCGAACGGUUGGCCGUGGUUCGCCGCGAACAGUUCGCCACGGACUCCAGUCAGCAGACACAUUCCAGCCAAUCAGCAGCAGACCCUCCCUCCCAGACCCUCCCACCUCCUGGACGGCUCACUAAGAAUGCAGCUUGAAAAUGGAUGCUGUCCAGGAGGUGGGGGGGUCUGGGAGGGAGGGUCUGCUGCUGAUUGGCUGGAAUGUGUCUGCUGACUGGAGUCCGCGGCAAACCGUUCGCAGCGAACCAUUCGGGACAUCACUAAUUAUAAAUACUAUAGGGCAGGGGUGCCCAAAAGAUAUAUACCCUGAUUAUUUAAAACUACAGCUUCCAAGAUGCUUUGUCAUUCUAAAGGCAUUCUAACAGCAUGCAAAGCCUCAUGGGAGUUGUAGUUCUACAGCAUCUGGGGAUCUACCAUAGGUUAACUAUUUAGGCAUUUGGGCAGAUAUCUGUGUGAUGGACCAGCAUUUAAUAUCAUUAAUAUAGCACACCUUUUGUUAUAUAAAGGAGGUAUGACUGCUAGCUGUCAAAGGUGGAAGUUUCAGUUCCAGCUGGAACUUUUCCCUGAAUUCCCUAUAUACUUGUACUUGGUAACAGUGACUUUAGUGCUACAUUAUGCUCCGAUCUUGGAUAACAUUUAUGGUAAGUAACUACUGGAGUAGUAUAGUGCUCUUAUGAACUACCCCAUAUAUUGACAAAUACUGUAUUGUAGGUGCAGGUAAGGAGCUUAAAUAUGCUGUAAUUAAAGGGGAUGAUGCACAAGCGUAUAAUGUAAUGCAAAUGUGGAAUUGCAUUUCAAGCAUGGCUUAAAUCAAGAGCCUUACAGUUUGCCUGUUUCAGUAUGCAAACACUCCAUAAACAUCUACAGCCAUGCAAAUGAUGGCUGGAGUGAAUGUCUAGCACUGUGCUCUGAGAUCAGGUUAAGCUCCCUGUUGGAACAGCCCAUCUAGACAGAGGCAGACUUGAUUUAGGUGUGUUGGUAGCAAACUGUCAAUGAAUACAUUAUCACACCACAUUAAAACUUCUAAGUGGAAGCCAUGAUGUGAAACCAUGCCUUGAAUGCAUUAUCACGCUAAGUUAAACGCGCUUAGUGCAUCCCACGACAUGAAGCCUGUCAUCACACGGCCAUACAUUAUCACGCUACAUUAAAGAGCUUAGUAUCUAGGCCAACAAGUGCGGUAUAUAACAGAACAUGACUCAUGGAGGAAAUCUGCAUAGUUAGAGCUCAGCAUAUCACUAUUAAGUGGGGAACUUUACAGUCAUGUCAAGGUGGCCAUUCUUUCUAUUACUAUAAUAAUAAUAAUGCUAUGCAAACUACCGAAUUUCACGGGUUUCAAAAUUCCUAGUAACCAAACUCAAGUAAAGUCUUUACCUUUGCAGAAUGGAUAAAUGAAAACUUUGCAACACCUCUGAAGUGUGAAUACGUUUUUAAUCAAAUGCCCAACUAAGAGAACGUGGCAACCGUAGCAAACUUGACCUUUAUAUUAUGUCUGUUACUUUAUUUUUGCAGAGACAAAUUAUGUUUACUCUCCACUGUGCACAGUGCAAACCAGCACAUGUUUUACCUGAUGCCAAGACCGUUCAUAUCGAUCAUUUCUGCAAAGUUUCUCAAGGUUAUUCACAAAAACAAAUAAAUCAGGAAUUGAAUAGGGAAUUACAAAUUUUAGAUUAAAGUGUCCACGCUGGAAAAACAGUGGCAAAGGAGAAUAUUUCCAAUUCAGCUACAUUGGCUUAAAGUUUGGAAUUCCCAAUACUUCCAGGUUAGCACACGUUUCAUCAUACAAACACUAGAACAGGGACAGGCAACCUUCGGCACUCCAGAUGUUGUGGGCUACAUCCCCUAUAAUGCUGGCAAAGCAUCAAUGGAGGUGUAGUGCAAAACAUCUGGAGUCACGAAGGUUGCCUAUGCCUGCACUAGAACAUAAUCUAAUUCACUUUUCUAGAUCCUCCUGGUGAUCUGCUCUAUAGAAUGAACACAGUGCUCUAGAUUAAUGAUUUAUAAAGUGCUCUCACUAUUUGUAUCCUAAUUGUAGGGAAGAUUGUACCAGUGAUUUGUAAAGUGCUACCAAUAGCUUUCUACAUGUCUGUCCCUCCUCUAGUUGAAAUCUUUACCGUCCCCAUGUACAUUCUGCAAGUAUAUUGACACCCAGGCAGAACUGGAACAAAACAGAGUGUUUUUGUUCUCAUUGUACUCCAUAUAACGUCUUUCUCUUGUAAUUUCUCUUAAACAGAUCGUCUUAUCCGUCUGUCCAAUCACACCUCUGGCACUGGGUUUGUUGAUGCCGUGGCUGUUACAUCUGAUGAUCUCCUUGUUGCUUCUGGGUUCAACGUUGACCAGGGACAAGGGUACUUAAAUGGUUGGUAUUGUAUUGGUAUUUUUUUUAACAUUCGUGAGGGGCAUUAGCUGAUUUGGCUGAUUAUACUCUGUUUUCUGGUCUUGCAAAAGCAGCACAAACGAGUACAGACUGGGAUAGAAGGAAACCUAGACUGAGUUGUGAUAUCCAGCUCAGACUGGCACAUUGAUCGUAUAGUGUGAAAGCUAGAUGGGUGGUACACUAACCAGUGGGAUUAAUUCCUACCUCAAAUGGGCACAAUACAGAUACCCAGGUCAAUGAUACACAAUGAUCAGACAGUGAGGGUAAUUCCCAACUCAGACGAUACUAGUGAUACUUAGAUGUGCACAUCCUGGGUUUGAAUAUGUCUAAUUUUUUAUGAUUUAGAGAUUUGUUUCUUCAGUGGUGUUUUCAUUUCAGUGAAUGCUUCUUUGUUUCUCUUUGCAGUUCGCAAUGCUAAGACAGGUAAUUACCUAGGAACUCUCUCACAUCGUGAUGCUCCACGGCUCCUGUGUCUAGCUGUUUCUCGCGGUUCUGCGGGUCUUUGUUGCUGGGUGACCGGAGGGAGGGAACUCCUUUUGUGGGAGGAGCAGCCCAAAAAAAGGUUGCUGGAUGGGUGAGUGUACCGUCAGUCGUUAAUGUCCAUCAGUCAUCGUCUGUUUAUGUUGCGCUGGUUUAUUUCUUUUUUUCUGUAUAGAAAGUCACGCUCUCCCCUGGGUCUGUGUUUAUAUAGAGGAAGAGUCCUCCUCUGCCAAACAGGGGGUGGCUGUUUUUCGUUAAGGUAACCAAUCCCUAUUUGUUGUUUCAGAGACACCAUCCAGUUUCAGUUCUGUUCUGGAUUUCUUAAUUCUGCUCCAGAUUCUGAAUCAGAUGAUGAAGAAGGUAAGAAAAGUCCUAAUUUCUAGAACUCUGUCUCCCUUCAUUGAAUUGCAUUUACAGCUCCAACGCAUAAUGCACUACUUGUGAAUGUAAAUUAAAUUUACCAUAGACCCUCACAGUAUCUAGGAUAGUGUGUGACUUUAUUAUAAAAAGUCAUAGAUUGUGUAUUUUUUACAAGUAUCUAGGAAGACCCCACAGGGUGAUGUAGCCCCAGCGAUGGAAUAGCUUAGUAUACUAUCUCUAGAAUGUUUUUUUUUUUUUUGCUUUAAUGCUCUGCCCUACACAGUGAAACCUGAUCGAAAUGAGGUGACUAGAAUAAGAGGUCCCUUCUGGGUUUUCAACCACUUUACCUUACCACCACCACGGAUUUACUGACUUCUCUGGGCUAUAGAAUGUUACCUCAUACUUAGUCUCAGGAAAUUCCUUGCUGUAAUGUCCACCGUCCAAUGUAAAUGUGUUGUAACUGUCCAUGGAGAUGCUAACUUGUGGAUUGUAGAUCCAAUCCCAUCAGUAGAGGCAGACCCUCUCAAAAAAAACAUAUGAAAUAAUAGUCUUUGUUUUAACUAUCCUCUGCCCUUCUUUGUAAUCCCUAGUCAAUCACUAGCAAAAGAAUCCUACAUCUUUAUUGUUCUCACUGUAUAGAACCCUUUCCUUUGCUAUAGGAGAAAUCUCCUUUCUUAACACUAAAUAUGUAAAUCGUCAUCUGUAUGGCAUGUGAUUGAUUGUUAAGUGCCCAUCAAACAAGCAUGGUUGACAGGGCUUAUUAACAGGAGACCACAUUUGCAUACAGUGAAGGACAGAUGUUAGGUGAGAGAGCUCACUAGCUAUAGACCUUCAAGAAGCCAACAAAAACUACUUCUAAACACUCAAGGAAAACACAUAAAACAAAAAGACUUAGGACAACUAGAGUGAAAGUGUGGGUUUAAAGGAAACCACAAAAAAGGUAAGGGACUGUCUGAAAACUAGACAGUGAAACACACACAAACUUGGAUAGAAGGAACCCUAGAUUAAGAGCUUAUAAUGACCCACACAGACAGGGAUAAAAGGAAACCUAGACUGAAAGCUCCCAAUUGCCCACACACAGACAGGGAUAGAAGGAAACCUAGACUAAGAGCUCAUAAUGACCCACACACAGACAGGGAUAGAAGGAAACCUAGACUGAGAGCUCCCAAUGGCCCACACACAGACAGGGAUAGAAGGAAACCUAGACUGAAAGCUCCCAAUGGCCCACACACAGACAGUGAUAGAAGGAAACCUAGACUAAGAGCUCAUAAUGACCCACACACAGACAGGGAUAGAAGGAAACCUAGACUAAGAGCUCCCAAUGGCCCACACACAGACAGGGAUAGAAGGAAACCUAGACUGAGAGCUCCCAAUGGCCCACACACAGACUGGGAUAGAAGGAAACCUAGACUGAGAGCUCCCAAUGGCCCACACACAGACUGGGAUAGAAGGAAACCUAGACUGAGAGCUCCCAAUGGCCCACACACAGACUGGGAUAGAAGGAAACCUAGACUGAGAGCUCCCAAUGACCCACACACAGACUGGGAUAGAAGGAAACCUAGACUGAGAGCUCCCAAUGGCCCACACACAGACUGGGAUAGAAGGAAACCUAGACUGAGAGCUCCCAAUGGCCCACACACAGACUGGGAUAGAAGGAAACCUAGACUGAGAGCUCCCAAUGACCCACACACAGACGGGGAUAGAAGGAAACCUAGACUGAGAGCUCCCAAUGGCCCACACACAGACAGGGAUAGAAGGAAACCUAGACUGAGAGCUCCCAAUGGCCCACACACAGACUGGGAUAGAAGGAAACCUAGACUGAGAGCUCCCAAUGGCCCACACACAGACUGGAUAGAAGGAAACCUAGACUGAGCUCCCAAUGAGAGCUCCCAAUGGCCCACACACAGACUGGGAUAGAAGGAAACCUAGACUAGCUCCCAAUGGACAACAGACUAGAAGGAAACCUAGAAUGAGAGCUCCCAAUGGCCACACACAGACUGGGAUAGAAGGAAACCUAGACUGAGAGCUCCCAAUGGCCCACACACAGACAGGGAUAGAAGGAAACCUAGACUGAGAGCUCCCAAUGGCCCCACACAGACUGGGAUAGAAGGAAACCUAGACUGAGAGCUCCCAAUGACCCACACACAGACUGGGAUAGAAGGAAACCUAGACUGAGAGCUCCCAAUGGCCCACACACUGACUGGGAUAAAAGGAAACCUAGACUGAGAGCUCCCAAUGGCCCACACACUGACUGGGAUAGAAGGAAACCUAGGCUAAGAGCUCCCAAUGACCCACACACAGACGGGGAUAGAAGGAAACCUAGAAUGAGAGCUCCCAAUGGCCCACACACAGACUGGGAUAGAAGGAAACCUAGACUGAGAGCUCCCAAUGACCCACACACAGACUGGGAUAGAAGGAAACCUAGACUGAGCACUCCCAAUGGCCCACACAGACUGGGAUAGAAGGAAACCUAGACUAAGAGCUCAUAAUGACCCACACAGACUGGGAUAGAAGGAAACCUAGACUGAGAGCUCCCAAUGGCCCACACACAGACAGGGAUAGAAGGAAACCUAGACUGAGAGCUCCCCAUGGCUGAUACACAGACUGGGAUAGAAGGAAACCUAGACUGAGAGCUCCCAAUGGCCCACACACAGACUGGGAUAGAAGGAAACCUAGACUGAGAGCUCCCCAUGGCUGAUACACAGACUGGUAUAGCAGGAAAUAGUAUGUAAUUUUUGAUUUUAUGUUUUGCAGAGUUUGAUCUAUGGGAAGCUGAUGUGAAGUCAGCACCUUUCCAGAGUGAGAGUCAAGGCUGGCAGUGGUGUGUUUUGGUAUAGAGAUCGCGUUAAUCACCUCUAUUAAAUUACACUCAAACUUUAUUUUAUUAAAAAUAAAACUGUUGAAACACAGAAUAAUGUGCAGAUAUAUACACAAUAAAACUGAGUUUUCCUGUUGGUGCAAACAGACAAACAGUCAUGAAUUGAAGCCCUUUGUCACAUUGCUCUGUUGGAGUCACACUGAUCUAAUUAGAUAUAUAUCCUCCCUACACUGAGAUAUAGACAGAAAAGGCCAGUGAUUAAGUGCUAUUAGCCUCUACACGUGUGCAAGUACAAUUAUGUACAAAUGUGUGUAACCUCUCUUCACUUAUAUGAUGUCAUACAUAUAGAGGGGAGUUCACCCCUUAGUCUCCUCUUGGUCUUGCUGCUCUCGUCAGAUAUUAGAAGAGUUACUCCUUUCCUUCUCUUCUCAUGAUCUUCCUGCCCCAGACACAAACAAUCCAAAUUCAAGGAUUCUGAGAUGAGGGGUUUUGCCUCUUGGCUUGGUUAAAUUCCUUUACCUAACAGCUUGUGCGUGUGUUUCAUACCCCCAUCAGAGUCACAUGGUCACCAUAGGGAUCCUAAAAAUGAAAGAUAAAGGAGUAGGUCAGUGCUGUAGCAUUUAGCGGUAAUCAUCCACGGGUCUCUAAACCGCAGGAGUGUAAGAAGUUAUUGAGAUAUUAAAGGGUUAAAGACACCCGUAAUGAAUGGGCAGAGAAUGGCAGGGGAUAGUAGAAUGACAAUAAUGGGCAGGCAGUGAGCAUGGCAGGGGUUUAUAGACUGGCUGUCAUGGGAAAUCCCUGAGAAUAGCAGGGGGAAACAUUGAAAAACUUGCAGAUAUGGAGA